AUGAAAAGCUUUCAGCAAAAGAGAGAUCCAUCUUACUCAUCUGCAAUUGUUAAUGGCUCAAGCAAGCAGUCCUACCAGGGACUCAUGACCCAGAUCCAGAGCAAUACCUACGCUGGAAGAGGCAGUCUUAAUUCUGGUAAUAAUGCACUCAAUAAUGCUAUUCUCGGAAAUGGGAAUGGAGCGAAUACUGGAGCAGGUGCUGCAAAUCUGAUAAUGCAGACGUCCUACACCAAAUAACAAAGUUAAAUUUAACCUGGUAAAGUAAUAGAGCCCCCUAAAAGUAAUCCUACAGGAAGUAUUAUUCAUCAGAUUGCUAAUAACCAAAAUCCGAUCAAUGGAAUGAUGCAACCGUAAACUACUAAUAUACUUAAUGGUUUCAGCUAUCAAAAGGCUGCCCUCACUAAUUUAGCAAAUAAUUAGAAAAGUAGCAAUUAAUCUCCGCAGAAGGGACAGACAUUAAUUACACAAACUAACACUAAUAAUUCGCAAAACACUUAAAAGAUGAAUGGGAUGAAUGCAGGGCAGCAAUAGAAUGGGAAUCAUUAUGGUCCUGGAGAAGCAUAGGGAUCUCAAAAUAAUUAAUCUUCCAAUCAAAAUCAGUUAAAGAAAUAGCAAGAGAUUAUUGUGAUUCAUGUUUUUGAUGAAAAUAGAAAAGUGAAUAAAGACUUCACUUGUGAAAAAGAUCUCCUUGUAACUCACAUGAAAUAUUUCGAGAAAUAUUUAACUGAGGCUACUUCUGUCGAUGAUAUAGAUAUAAGUGUACAUUGUGAUAUCAAGAUUUUCGAGUGGUUAAUGAAGUAUUUGAAGAUGAGAGAGCAUCAGAGGGAUUUCUCUAGAGACUUUAAUUAAAGAGAUUACUCUCGAGAUUAUGAGAGGUUACCAUAGUAAACUCCUGAUCAAUAACCUCAGGAUCUUGUAAAUUUACAAGACUAGAAAUUGCCCCCUUAACUACCUCCUCAGCAAGGGGCUCCAACUUUAGAUAUAAAAAAUGUGAUUUCUAUUCUAAUCUCGAGUGACUUUCUCUAGAUGAAAGUCUUGGUUCAAGAGUGCGUGGAUUUUGUGAUAGAAAAUCUGCAUGAUGUUGUGAGACUGCCUAUAGAUAUGAACUGCCUGAACUAAAGCUUAAUAAAAAAGAUCGCUAAUUAGGUAACUAUAGAGAGACUCGAUGAUUUAAUAGAUAAAAGGGAUAAGCUGACAAGCAAGCUUUUCAUGAAAAAGUUGUAGAGCCUAACUAACUCAGUGGACAGUCAAAAUUAGAGUUAGACUGCUCUUAAUAGAUGCAUUUAUUGUGGCCAAUUAUUUACAAAUGAGCAGAACCAGUGGAUGAUGUGCCCCAAUGCUAAGAUAUUCAUAGAUUUUCACGGGCAUGUCAUAGCACAGCAUGUUGCAGAUAGAUUUUACGAUCUCAAUGGGUUCAUUUAGUUCAUGAAUAACUAAAAGUAAGUGAAGUGGAAGGACAUUUAUUGGAAAAUUUGGGCGAGACUAGUAAGCUUUGAGUGUGUAAAAUGUGAAUCUAAAUUUGUUGGAAGUGAAUUAUCCUAUUGUCGCUAUCACCCUAGUAUUGUAAACCAGAGUCAAAAACCGAAAUUUCAAUAUGGGAGUAAUAAAGGGACAUAUCCAUGCUGUGGAGCCUAGGCUCUCAGAAUAAAUACUCACAUUGAAUAGAAAGGGUGCUAAGCAGAUAAUCAUCAUGUAAAAAUAACACCUGAAACUGAGAGAGACUAUUAAUGGCUAGUUAAGCAUAGAGAUAUAGCAGUAGAACCGUUUCACAAUUCUUCGACUCCUCCACCUGACAGUCUUUAAGGAUUGCUCGAUUAAUAUAUAUAGGAUCUAAAGAGCAAGCGUUAAAAGCUUAGAGAGAAGAGAAAGCCAAGUAAGAUAAACUCAACCUAAAAUGGGGAAACAGCAGACGAGGAGGAUUUCAAUGAGGAAGAUGAUUGUGAGGAGGAUGACUUUGACGAUGACUAUGAUUUUUUCGAGGAUAAAUUGCUAUCCUAAAAUGGGACAGGAGGAGUUUCCUAGGCAGAUAAAAACGUCCUGCAGAAUCUUAUUAAUAGUGACUCAGCUGAUAAAUCAUUGCGUAAGUAGCGAAUUUGGAAGAAAGAUAUUCUUAGAAAUGAUGACUUCUCAAAGAUGAAAGACAUGGUUCAGCGGCUUCGUAAGCAUAGGACUAAUGAAAUAGCAGGAGUCAAUUCCAGCAACCCUAUAAAUAGUAAAGCCAAAUAAAUUGGAGCUAGAACAAGCAUCUAGCAAACACAAGGCAGUAACAUACUAAUAAAAAAGGAGAACCCUAAUCGCAGGAGUUAUCUCAAUAAGUGA